GCACCAGAGAGAGAACAUGCUGCGGGAGCUGCGGCUCUCCCUGUCCCUCACUCUGCUGCUGGCCUGCGGCUUCCUCUACAGGUUUGCCUUCAAGCCUCACUGCUUCUUCUCCUGCCGACUGACCUCCCAGUCCCAACAGGAGCUUGAAGUGCUCCUGGGCCAAGGCCACAGCAUUGUCUUCCUAGAGACCUCAGAGAGAACUGAGCCGUCCCUGCUGGCUUCCUGUGCGGUGGAGUCUGCCGCCAAGACCUACCCCCAGCAGCCAGUAGUGUUCUUUAUGAAAGGGCUCAGCAACUCCAUGAGGCUGCCCCCCAACUCCACUCACCCUGCCUUCUGCCUCCUCUCAGCCAUCAGCAAUGUUUUCCUCUUCCCUUUGGACAUGGAGAGGCUGCUGGAAGACACGCCGUUGCUGUCCUGGUAUACUCACGUCAACACCAGUGCUCAGAGCAACUGGUUGCAUGUCAGCUCAGAUGCCGCUCGCCUGGCUGUCAUCUGGAAGUACGGUGGCAUCUACCUGGACACGGAUGUCAUCUCCAUUAGGCCUGUCCCGGAGGACAACUUCCUGGCGGCACAGGCCUCUCACUUUUCCAGCAACGGGGUGUUCGGGUUCCUGCCCCGGCACCCCUUCCUGUGGGGCUGCAUGGAAAACUUCGUGGAGCAUUAUGAUUCAGACAUCUGGGGCCACCAGGGCCCUGACUUGCUGAGCAGGAUGCUGCGGGUAUGGUGCCGGCUGGGGGACUUUCAGGAGGUGAGCGACCAGCACUGCGCAGACCUGUCCUUCCUCCACCCGCGCAGAUUCUACCCCAUCCCCUACCCCCAGUGGCGGCGCUACUACGAGGUGUGGGACUCAGACCACAGCUUCAACGACUCCUAUGCCCUGCACCUGUGGAACUACAUGAACCAGGAGGGCAAGACUGUGGAGAGAGGCAGCAAUACCCUUGUGGAGAAGCUGUACCGCAAACACUGCCCUCUGACUUACAGGCACCUGAUUCAAGGCCCCAAGGCAUUGGGGCCGGGGGAGUUGGGUUCAAGUAACAGGUAGAGCCAGUGUGAGGCUGCUGCUCCAGUUUGGGCCUGGACACCUCUGGGUUCCCACUUUCCCAGGGCUGUGGAGGCCACUCACACACAUCAGUUCACAUUAGCUUGCUCCUUCUGGAGUAGGACAAGCCCACACAGUAGUGUUCUGCAGAAUAGAGACAGGCUUUUAUUUCUUAUGUAAAUAGGUCAGCUUUUUCAUUCUUUACUGAGAGAGAGAGAGAGAGAGAGAGAGAGAGAGAGAAGUAUCACACCGCUACUGCUAUACCACUCUUGGUGCCUGUGUGUUCUACCAGGAGAGCUAUCAUAUCCUGACUCCCUCAGUCAAUCAGUUUUAAUUGGGUCUUUUCGGCAUCCUGAGCAUUGGUUCAGGUAGUCAAGAUACCACUGGAUCAAGCAAAAUUCUGUCUUAUUUGGGACCAAAUCUGGCAAAGGACCACAGACUAAGUGGCUUGAAAAACAACAGAAACUUUGCCCUGGAAGCCAAAAGCACAAGAUCAGAUUCAGCCCCAGGUCAGGGUGGAGAUCCUAUUCUAGGAGGCAGACUGGACUGUUCUUGUUGCUUCCUUACACAGUGGGAAGGAGAAGGGUGGUUCCUAGGUUCAUUUAUUAGAACCCUAAUAAUUCUACGCCUGAGGACACCACCUUCAUGGAGUCCUAUAUGGCCAACCCCCUAAAGU